AUGUUCAUCACUAACGAACACGUCGGGGACAGAACCCGUAUGGAAGAUUGGAGAAUUCGUGGUUACGAUCCUUUGACCCCUCCUGACUUGUUACAGCAUGAGUACCCAUUGACUCCGGAAUCACAAAAAACAAUUUUAAAAGGGAGAGACGACGCUGUCAAUAUCUUGAAUGGAAAGGACGACAGAUUAAUUAUUGUCAUUGGUCCUUGUUCCAUUCACGACCCAGCUGCUGCCUUGGAUUAUGCCGAACGUUUAUACAAGGAAUCUGAAAAACACAAGGGAGAAUUAUUGAUUGUUAUGAGAGCAUACUUGGAAAAGCCAAGAACUACUGUUGGCUGGAAGGGUUUAAUCAACGAUCCAGAAAUUGAUGGGUCUUUCCAAAUAAAUAAAGGGUUGAGAAUCGCCCGAAAGUUAUUUGUUGAUUUGACUUCUAAAUUGCCAAUUGCUGGUGAGAUGUUGGAUACUAUUUCCCCACAAUUCUUGUCUGAUUUAUUCUCGGUUGGUGCCAUUGGUGCCAGAACCACCGAAUCUCAAUUACACCGUGAAUUGGCCUCCGGUUUAUCCUUCCCUGUCGGUUUCAAGAACGGUACUGAUGGUACUUUGGGUGUUGCUAUUGAUGCCUUGAGAGCUGCUUCCCAUCCACAUCAUUUCCUUUCAGUCACUAAACCUGGUGUUGUUGCAAUUGUGGGAACUGACGGAAACCAAGACUGUUUUGUCAUUUUGAGAGGUGGUAAAAAGGGUACUAAUUACGAUGAAGCAUCUGUCAAGGAAACUCAAGAACAAUUGCUCAAGGCUAAAGUAGUUACUGAUGAAAAGCCAGGACCAAGAAUAAUGGUUGAUUGUUCUCAUGGUAACUCCAACAAGGAUCACAGAAAUCAACCUAAGGUAGCAGCCGAGGUUGCCAGACAAAUCGCCAAGGGUGACAAGUCAAUCUGUGGGUUGAUGAUUGAAUCAAAUAUCAACGAAGGUAGACAAGAUGUGCCACCUGCUGAACAAGGAGGUAAGGCUGCCUUGAAAUACGGAUGUUCCAUUACUGAUGCUUGUAUUGGUUGGGAUUCAACUAUAGAAGUAUUGGAUGUAUUGGCACAAGCUGUCAAAACCAGAAGAUCUUUAUAG